UCUGUUCCCCCUCGGUGUCAAUGUUCGCCAGACCGUCCGUCUGCUCGGCCUGCAAAAAGCCGGCGGUGCUCAGGCUUGUGCAGCAGCCCCGGAGUCAGCACCUCCAUGCGUCCUCGCCAUUCAGUCUUCCCCGCCGGAAGGACUUCUUCUCCUCCAAUGCCUACCUGAAUCAGAAGCAGGCCAAACCUGGCGAUGUAAACUCUGAAUCGCUUCCAGAAUCACAGAAGCAACGAAGGAGAGGCAGCAGGCUACCGGCAGCACCAACCUCCCUGCGACGGGUCGCAGUUGAGGCGCAAAGAUCCAAGGAUGGCUUUGUAUCCCGAGCCCAGCUCAGAGAGCAAGGGCUUUAUCAGACUAAGACCGUAACCGCCUACGCCGUUUCGGAACAGUUCGAUAUGCGGAAAGUGAGAACCAUUCUUCAAGACAGAGGCUACGAGCCAGAUCCGUUCGAAACCGGCCUAUAUCCCCAAGUCGUUCACGUUCAAGUCCCUCUGGACUCGAUCCGACGGGUGAGCAACCCGAGUACAGCCGAUCUCUCUCCGAGCGAAGUCGGCGAUAUUUUUGUUUUUCCGUCCGGGACGGUCGUGGCAUGGGCGCUACCCGAAGGGUUCACAUCCUUCCUGGCAACCAGGACAUUACUUCCAGCAGCCGAAGGGGCUCAUGUCGAUGAUUUGGAAACGGAGGACCUUGAAUUCGUUGAGGACCCGUCUCGAGAGCUCAGUAGCAUCAAGGGCGACACCAUCAUCCUUGGAACCAAGCCCAGCACGGAUGAGCCCGAGUCGCAACAGCUGGGGAAUCGACAAUCAGUAGAAACGGUCCUCACGAAAGUUGCAUUCUCCUCGGGGCUCGCUCGAAGUACAAAGCUAGGGGUUUUAGAGGCAUUGCUAGCGAAUUACUUCGAAUCUACCCGGUCCAUUCCUACGAUGCUGUCGCAAGGCUCGCGCCUUCCCUUCACGAGAGACUUUAUUCUCCGCAAGACCGGCCAACUGCUGAGCGUCCGCGCGCAGCUGAACCUUUACUCAGAACUCACAGACUCACUCCCCGACAUCUUCUGGGACAGCCGACAUGAGCUCGGAUUAGAGGGAUACUACGAACAGGUAGGAAGGGCAUUGGAUGUGGGAAUCCGCAUCAAGCUUUUGAACGAGAAAAUGGAUUAUGCGCAGGAAAUCGCCAGUGUUCUGCGGGAGAGGCUGAGUGAGACGCAUGGGCUCCGACUUGAGUGGAUCAUUAUCCUGCUCAUUGCGGUGGAGGUCGGCUUCGAGGUACUGAGGCUGUGGAAGGAGCGGGUCCAUGAGAAGGAAUUACAGGGCGAGGGGAAGGCUGCGGAAUGAAUGGCUUAGAAUCUUUGUACAGCACAGUACUUCUUUCUCUCCUCAAAUAUGAUACCCUUUAGUUGCUGC